CGUUAUUGGCAUCCGACCUACAACAGCCUUCCUCCUCGUCGCAGGAGCCUUCGUCGAAUAUGGCUGGACUUACCGUCCAAGAGGCUGAUUGGGAUGGGUAAGCACGCAGAUGGUUUAUACUACCUCCGGAUGUUGGACGAAGAUCAUCCCAUGGCGCAUUCGGUUAGACGUUCUUUGGACACUUCGGAGUUAUGCCAUGCACGACUCGGGCAUCCC